CAGCUUUGCUAUUGCCGGGAAAGAAAAAAACGAAGCCCCUCGGCCUUUGGACAUGAAGCCCUCCUCAUCAACCUCUUCGUCAAAGUACCGCGUCCAUUCUCCAUCGGAUACAGUGCCCCGCUCUCAUUCGGCACGGAGCAGGGGAUCGGGCUCGAGAAAUAUAGGGGACCCACGAGACCAGCAAGUAGCUACUUACUCACCUUCGAGUACUCCCGCAUCGGAUUAUAAUUUAUACGACGCUCGGGGGUAUCCCGUUCAGCCUUAUUUGGAGCACCACCCUUCAUAUCCGAGCCUUCACUCAUACCCGCCUCCACCUCCGCAUAGCCAUGGGGUCCUUCCUCCUCACCAACACCCCUCAUACCCAACCUCUCACCCCGUGCAACCCCAGGCGUAUCACCCCACGUACCCGAGCUAUGACUCACAACAAGCGCCUCUGGCCCACCCACAGCACCCGUCGUAUUCCAGCUCUCAAUCCCUAACCCCAUAUUCGAGUGGCAAUUCGCAUGCCCAAUCUUCCCACUCCCACCAUCCUUCGCAUGAUAGCGACCUGUCUCAAUAUUCGCUUUCGGGUUACAAACUUAGAUACCGGAUCGAACAGGAGGGUCAAAAUCUAGUGGUUUUACCAUCAGAGGAUGAUCACCCUUCCUCUUCAUCCUCAUCCCGGUCUUCUAUGCCCAUAUCUGUCUCCCCAUCACCCUCGCCUCCACUACAGCUAUGUCUUCCGGCUGCCGCUGUUCCUCAACAUAAUGUUCGGGCAAUUAGGGCACCUCCCCGCGAAUGGCCGCCCAUUCGUUACCAGACGGAACUUUCCGCGACAGAGGCUAAGAAAUUCAUCGGCGAUGGAGCUCCUAAGUUUUGUGGAGAGUUGCGAGAGAUUACAAACGGUCCAAGGGGUUAUUACUAUCUCUUCGCAUUUGCCGGGGAUGAGUGGGAUGAGGAGUCAGACACUGCUCUUUUCCAGAGUGAUUCGUUUUGUGAUAUGAGCUCUAGUCCAGAGGGCAGGCAAACUGAUGCCCUGGAGCGGCCAGCUAUGGCACACGCAUUUGGGAUAUACCCGGGAACUAUAACACUAUCUUGCUAUGUUACUAGUUUCGGUAGCACCCUGCAGGGACACGAAGUGGCUGCACGAGGGAAGGUUCGGAAGCUAACAAUGUUAUAUGUUCUUGACCGAUUACGGAUUUUACAGGUGAAGGGGAUCGAGGAGGACCUUGGGCAGCUUCACAUGCACCUUUACGACUACUUGCUCCACGAUACUCAUAGAUAUGAUUCAAAAAACCAUGUAUCUCUCGACAACCAGAUUUCAGACCUCGUUGCAGCUUUGUGCCGGCCCAGCUGGGUAAAUUUCUCGAGUUCCGAAAACCAGACUAUUGCGCGAUUUCUGUCAGAUCCUAACCCGGGCGUCGCCAAUAGCUUUUUCCACCAGCUACUACUUUCCAUAGAAUUGUACCUAAGAAUCAAUGCUAGGCAUCAAACUAACUUGGCUGCGAAGCCACUGCCGGAUAUGCCAGAGAAGAUUAGAUGGGAUUUAAUGCUUGCCCAGCGAUGGCUCGAAAAUGUGGAGGUAGAGGCACCGAAAAAGGUCAAAGACGGUAAGGGGAAGCGAGAACAGAAGUCCAGCGUUGGGUUCAAAUUUCCGCACAAAAAGACCCAGGUCGAAGCCUUACGGAACUUUGCAUGGACUUUGAAGUGGCCGAACAUGCAUGAAGUUGAAUAUACACUUUCAGAGGGUGAAGAUCCCAACGAGGUUCUCGAAGAUAGGAGCAUCAAUUGUAUGUCCUGGUUCACCGGCUUGCUUCUCCCAGGCAAGUCCAUGCCAUGGAUUCUGAUGAAUGCCCUCACGGAUUGCGAUCCGGAUGUGCCCGAAACGUUCCAUAAUCUUUCGCAGACGACACCUAAUGUCGGAUUUCAGUACAGGGGCCACACUUAUUGGUCGUGGGAGUGCAUAGUCGGCAAGGUUUUGGGGGCAGCCGCAGGUGUGGCACAAAUCGCUGGUUGGAUUGGUCCAUGUUCUGCAUCGGCCGAUCUUAGUCGCUCGGAAAUGGCUAUCAUCAAUCAGAUGCCUCCACGAGGGAAUAAAAUCACGCCAAGCAACGUUCGAGGCAUGGCCCUAAAUAGUGAUCCUUUAGGUGCAUGCCAGACAACAUAUCCUGUCGACGACUAUGUACUCCUCACUCCAAGCACCGAUGACCCGGUGGAAGACAUCAGGAUCGAGCGUCUAAAUUUCUCACCAGCAGCAAGUAGCCCGAAAAAAGGAGUGCCCCGCAUUACAGAGAAUGGUCAUCAAGCUGCGGAGGAGAGCCCCGUCUUGACGUUUGACGCAUCAAUCACCUUUGCGAUUACCGUGGAACGUCGAACGAGGUCAUGGAAGGUGUCUUUACGACAUAACACUCCGUUCAUCGCGGCUUAUCCGUGUCAAAACGGGCCACACGUCUUGUUUUGCGAGUACCAACACCGGGUUAUAUACGCGGAUAAAUUGGUGGAAAUCCAGAACUGGGGACCUUCAGGCGGCGUGGAGGAUUCAGAAGUCGAUGACGAGGGCGGGCAGCCUGAGAACACUUCUACCGGAGUAGAGGAAGUGUUGGUUGUCGAAGCCUUCGGAGUGCCCGACAACGAAGUCUUCGUUAGGGCUUGGUGCUCAUUCUGGGGAUUGCCUGCGAUUACUGCUGAUGUUAACAAGACAUGUAUGGCUUGCGCGAUACGGGAAGCCUACGCAGCCCUCGUAAGUGUUGUAAUACUCACCAAUAAAUCAAGUAUCUCUGUGGAAGUAGAGGAGGUGGAUAGGUUGAUGGAGAACCUCCAAGUCUGAGUCUUGAAUCUUUCAGAAAUUCACGGGUUUUUUCAUUUUCAUUCUUCUAUUCUUUUUAUAUUUCCCUUUUUUUUAUACCUCUAUUUAUUUAGUCGAUUUAUGUGGGUUGGGUGGGUUCUAGCAUUGCUGGGCGUGGGUGAUUACGAUAAAGAACACAUGCAUGGAGAACUGUAUGUCUAGUGUGUUUAUGGCGAUGAUGUUUAUGUAUUCGUUUCUCUUUAAUAGCAUGAACGGGGCUUCCUCGCCCCCAAGCUCAGCACACGCA